AUGAACUUGCCAAAGUACUACGCAACUGUGUGCGAAGAGAUGCCACCUGAAUACUCAGAUUAUGAAAAUUAUGAGGUCAAAUUUGGCUCUCAGGAGAAUUAUGAGAUCAUCAAGAAGAUUGGUCGUGGUAAAUAUUCUGAGGUCUAUGAAGGCAUCAAUACUGCAAAUAAUGAGCGUAUUGUUAUCAAGAUUCUCAAGCCUGUUAAGAAGACCAAAAUCAGAAGAGAAAUUAAGAUUUUACAAACUCUGAAGAAUGGCAUCAACAUCAUCAACUUAAUUGAUGUCGUUCGUGACCCAAUGACUAAGACCCCCGCUCUUAUCAUGGAAUACGUUGACACUGGCGAUGUUGACUUCAGGACUCUUUACAAGAGCUUCACUGAUUUCGAUAUCCGCUACUAUAUGUACGAAAUUCUCAAGGCUCUUGACUUCUGCCACUCAAAGGGUAUUACUCACCGUGAUGUUAAGCCUCACAAUAUUAUGAUUGAUCACGCCUCUCGCAAGCUCAGAUUAAUCGAUUGGGGUCUCGCUGAGUUCUAUCAUCCAGGACAAGAAUACAACGUCAGAGUUGCUUCAAGAUACUUCAAGGGACCAGAGCUUCUAAUCGACCUCUAAACAUAUGAUUAUUCACUAGAUAUUUGGUCAUUAGGAUGUAUGUUUGCUGGCAUGAUUUUCCAAAAAGAGCCAUUUUUCCAAGGCAAGGAUAACUAUGAUCAGUUAGUUAAGAUCGCAAAGAUCUUGGGAACAGAGGAGCUCUACGCUUACAUCGAAAAAUACAACAUCACCCUAGACUCUCACUAUGACGACAUCCUAGGUCAACACACCAAGAAACCAUGGCACAAGUUUAUCAAUUCAGCCAACGAGCACUUAGUUAGUGAAGAGGCAUUAGACUUGCUAAGCAAGAUGCUAAAGUAUGACCAUGCAGAGAGAAUCACACCAAAGGACGCAAUGGAUCACCCAUACUUCAAACCAGUCAAAGAGUUCCACGGUAAAGCUCCAGCCAAGCAAUGA